CCCCCCGUGGGCGCCGAAAUCCGCAAUUGCCCAAUCAACCCCUCUCAGGAUUGCGAUUUGAUUUUUAGCCUCUAAUUGUUACUAUUUACACCGCCACAAAUGGUGAGAUCGGUAAGCUCGUAUGCACAGCGAUCACACCUGGUGGCCCCCCUCCUGUGGCCUUCAGAUCCUUUCCCACGCCCAAGCCCCUCAUCUCUGAGACACCGGUCGGCCCCCGUGCAAAUCCCUUCUCGCAUCGGAGGGGUUAGCGUUGGAGCUCAUGAGGGUCCAGAAUUGAGCCAUGUUCUAAUCACAAUCUCGGUGCUAGGAGGCCUAACCGGACUUGCGGCUCAAGGGUCGGCCUUAUCCGCCAGCAGGAGCGCUAGCCCCCAAUAAUGACUAUUAUCUUAUGCCUCGCGUCGCAACACUGCGGUGCGAGUGGUAGGUGUCGGCGGAUACGCCAGCCCGUCAAUCCAUAAGCUUCCGAGCUCUUGUCGAAAGGUCAGCUCGGCGCCGUGCGGCUGAGUCGUCGAUUC